GACGCCGAGCUCAGGGACCCGGAGCGCGCAGUUAGCCUGAAGAAGGGGCUGUGAGUGGGAGGGGCCGGUGUCAAGUGGCACCCUCCCCCCAACUUCCGGUUGCUAAAUCCUCAGAUUACCGGGGCGAAGAGUAGCGCUUGGGUUGCUCGUGUCUCCUGCUCAUUCGAGGUGAAGACACUGAGACUUAGCCAGGUUGUGAUUUGCCAGGGGCCGCUACACAACUGAUUUUGAAUGAUAUAAUCAUUUACUGUGAAGCAAGGCAAGAGGAAAUGACUGUUACGAAACCAAAGAUGAGUAAGAACAAAGAAGAUGCUCCCCAUGAGUUGGAAAGCCAGUUCAUAUUACGUCUACCUCCAGAAUAUGCUUCCACUGUGAGAAGGGCAAUACAGUCUGGAAGUGUCAACCUGAAAGAUAAAUUGACCAUUGAAUUACAUGCAGAUGGACGUCAUGGAAUUGUCCGGGUAGACCGUGCCCCGUUAGCUGCUAAGGUGGUUGAUCUGCCCUGCAUUACUGAAUCCUUGAAAACCAUAGAUAAAAAAACUUUUUACAAGACAGCGGAUAUCUGCCAGAUGCUUGUGUGCAGUGUGGAUGGGGAUCUUUACCCACCUCCGGAAGAACCAGUUGCCACUACUGAUCCAAAAGCAAGUAAGAAGAAAGAUAAGGAUAGGGAGAGGAAAUUCAUCUGGAACCACGGUAUCACUCUGCCACUAAAGAAUGUCAGAAAGAGAAGGUUCCGUAAGACAGCCAAGAAGAAGUACAUUGAAUCACCAGAUGUGGAAAAAGAGGUAAAGAGGCUUCUCAGUACAGAUGCAGAAGCUGUCAGUGCCCGAUGGGAGGUAAUUGCAGAAGAUGAAACAAAGGAAGUGGAUAACCAGGUUUCCUUAGCAGGCCUAGAUAUUGCCUCUCCAGGAAUGAGUGGCCAUAAGCAGGGCCAUGGCUCCUCAGAACAUGAUGAGCUUCGGGAGAUAUUUAAUGACAUUAGCAGCAGUAGUGAAGAGGAAGAUGAGAGAGAUCCUCAUGAUGAUGAAGAUAUAAACAUCAUUGACACUGAGGAAGACCUAGAGAGGCAGCUACAAGACAAGCUUGAUGAAUCUGAUGAACAGCGCCAAGAAAAUGAGGAAACAAAUCAGAUGGUCAUGGCAAUUCAGAAGCAGAUUGAUAUAAUGAAAAGUAAACUCCAAGAGACUCAAGGGAGAGCAAAAAGACAGGAAGACCUUAUCAUCAAAGUAGAAAAUCUGGCGCUCAAGACUCGUCUUCAGGCUGUGCUGGUUGAGCUCAAACAGCAGGAAGAACGAGAGAAACAACAGCUCAGUUCCUUGCAGGAACAGCUGGAAUCACUCCUGGAGAAAUAAGAGGCCCCUGCCUGCGAAUUCACUGUUGUCCUCAUUUUGAUAAAUGGCUCACAUUCCAUACUUUGGGUUGAGGACAAUAUAGAUUGUUAAUAUGGAAAUUAACUGUAUUUACAAUUCACAAUUUUUCUGUUGCCUAGUUUGAAUUCAUCCCAUUUCUCUCUCUGUAACACUGUUUAUUUUGCUAGACCCUUUGUUAGAUGCUUAUACACUAAUAAGUAGAAGGCCAUAGGUGAGAGGUUGUAAGAGUUUUGGGAUUAAUGGACUAAAUAGUUGAGCCUUUAUAAUUCCCGCAUUUAUUCCAGGGCUUUCCUUGCCAUAUGAGAACUUAACUGUUGCUUUGUGGUAAGAACCAACUCAAUUAUAAGGAGAUUUGAGGAUAUGUGCUGUAAAGAUUUUUUUGCAUACAUUUUAGUUUCUCAUCUGUUCUGGUAACCCCUGUCUUGUAGAGGAGUAAUUUUAUAGUAGUAGUAGAUAACUACUACAGCAAAUAAAAGUGACAGCCAUUCGUGUCACUAACAGAAGUAGUUUCCUACUGAGCAUUUGUCUCUCCUUUUUUUUUACUUCAUUAAUAUAGACAUUCAGUGGAUUAAUGAACAGUUGUUUAUGUGAUAUGUUGUAGAAUCUUUUAUGAUAUUGUAAGAAAGUGAUAGACCAUGUUUGGUAACUUUUAAGGCUGCAUUUUGUAUCUCCCUUCAUGGUUGAUAAAAAUGUUAUUCUGUUUUCUGGUGUUUUAUAUGUAUACAU